AUGGCUGACGGAGGCACAGCAACUGCAUCGACAGAAGGUGAUCACUCUGUGCUCACAACCUGCUACCACCGGGGGUCCCUGAGGGCUCUCAUGCCCCCACGUAACAGCCCUGGAACAUACAAGCUGACAAAUGAGAACCACCACAGCCAGCAUUUCCUCCACAUGCCCAUCUCAAAGCGGCAACCCCAGAAGGGCACUCUGCAAGCAAGCUCCACUAACGACCAGGGCUGGAAGAACAAACAGAACACCCAGCUUUACCCACUGACCGCAUGGUGCUAUAGCCCUCGACAAUACAUCAAGGCUCGCAAGACAUGGCAAACCUACCCAACAACCGGGACAUUAGGAACAAGUGGAAUACAUGGGGUAAUAUCAAGGGACUCACCCCACACCUGGGCAUGGAACACAACCAGAUUACCUCAGGCUUUGCGCUGGGCUGGAGCUGACGGUGACCCCAGCCGUUCAUAA